UGUUUCAUUCAUUUAUUUACUUAGUAAUUUUUGUUUUUUGCUCAAAUGGAUGAUACACAAAAUGAAUUAAAAGAGAUUAUCAAGAAGAAAGAUGGCAUGGAAAUGGAACUUAAGAAAUUAAUGGAGGAAUUAAAAUCAAAUAAAGAUAUUGGCAUGACUGAACCACUUGUUGAUUCAGAAGGCUUCCCAAGAUCUGAUAUAAAUGUAUAUUCAGUAAGAAAACUUCGUAAUCAAAUCAUAUGCUUGCAAAAUGAUCUAAAAGACAUCAUGAAAGUAAUCGAAGAGAAACUGUACCAUUUACAUAAGUUAGUCAAAGAAGAUAUGGAAAUGAGGAAAAGAGCAGAUAGUACUGUUUCCCAAGAAAAAACUACUUCUAUUUCACAUUAAACAAAUCUAAAUAUAUUUUUUUAGAAUAUUAUUUUUCUAUAUGAAUCAUAGGUUGUUAAAACCUUAACUUUUAAUAUUAUAUAUACCAUUGAAUAUUAAAACUCUACCAUUAUAAGGUACUGAUAAUUCAUUUUUUUAUAUUAGAUUAGCAUAAUUUAUUCAAAUUGAUUUAAAUCAUUUUUUUCUUCUAUUAUUUAGCAUAUAACUUAUAAUUUAUUGCAAAAUUUAUGAUAACUUAAUUUUAUAUAGUGAGCUAAUCCUGAAAUCAAUUUUUUUUUAAUAUUACAAACUCCUAUGAAAAAUCAUUUAAAUUAUUAUCGUUUAAAUUUAAAGAAAAAUUUGUAUAUUUAUUUCUCAUUGCACUUAUUUAAAUAAAUUAAUUUUACCAUUUACAUAUAAAUAUUAAUUUUAUUCUAGUUUAUAAAAAAAAUUUUUUACUAUUAUAAUUGUUAAAUUUGAUUUAAAUUUUAAAAAAAUCGAUUUUUUAAAUGUAUUUUUGGCCAUGUGCACAUCUAAAACUAUGUAAAGGGAUAAAAUAUCUUCAUUUUAAAAAAACUUUAUAUUUUACAUUACCCCUUCAUAUUUUUAUUAAUUUUUGUUUAUGUCCAUUUAAAUAAAAACAAAUAUAA